AUUUUUACAGCUCAACGCUGCCGUUUUGCUUGCUCAUAACUCAGGGGAAGAAUAUCAUCCAACGGCGUCGUCUCAGUUUUCUUCUGAAAAUUUUCCUUCCUCGUUCUCGGGCGCUUUCCCAGUUCUCUCUCUCUCUCUCUGCUGCUGCGGUUCCAUGGAUUCAGAGACUUCAACUCAGAAACCGGUGAUCACUCCGGCACCAAUCCCUAAAAACCUAGCGCGACCUACCACAACCAAAGACAGAGACUUCCUCAACCACCUUGAAGUUUACCUAGCUAAGCGAGAUGGCGUGGAUAAGCUCCUUAAGAUCUCUCGCUACGCCUCCAAGAUCAUUUUGGCUUCCUCAGCUCUUCCUGAAUCGCUAAUUCUAACUCAGCGUUUGAAGAGCUUCGAGUCUAGCGUAGGACUCAGUCGCAAAGCCUUUCGACUUGGGAAAUUUGUGCAGGACGUCAACACUCUGAGAAACUCUAGUUUCGACUCAAAACAAGAAAUUGUCCUCUCCAUCAUUGCUUAUGGAGGCGAAGGCUUGUAUUAUUUUGUUGAACAGUUCGUUUGGCUGGCUAAAGCAGGCUUGAUCGAUAGCAAACACUCGAAAAAAUUGGGAAAAAUCAGUGCCUGGUUUGAAUUUAUUGGAUACACAGGCAGUAUUUCUCUCAAAUUUAGGGAUUUGAAGAAAUUAAAUGAAGAUGAGAUCUGUUUGGAAUCUUCCAUUGAGGUUGCCGUUUUGAGAGGGAAUGGGUAUCAAGCAGAAGAAGAGAAGAUGAGGAAGCUGAGAGAGAAGAAGUUGAUGAAGAAACUUUCGAUUAUACAGGACUUCGCUGAUGGGUUAAUGGCGUUAGCAGAUAUUCGAGACGGGAAGGGGCAGCUCUCGGCGCCGGUCUUGGUGUCGUUUGCAGGACUCGUGUCUGCCUUGAUUAGUACUCACAAGAACUGGGUCUCUUGCUGAGUUUGGAAUAAUUUCAAAAGGUACGACUGUUGAAGAAUUAGGCUUCUUUUACAUUUAUUUAGUUUGUGGAAUUAAGGUUUAUUGUUAGCAGCUGCAUAAUUGAGAUAAAGGAAAGGGUGAGAAAACUCUUUUGCUGUUGGGAUAGGAAAUAAAACAUGUUCUCCACUGAAGCACUGGAACUCUCUUGUUUCUAAGCUUCUUUCUUUUUCAUAAUAAUAAAUUCAUACAGUCACAGAGGAUCAAUAUGGAUCAUGUUUAAUGUUUAUAUCAUUCAUGAACAGAAAUGCAAAAGUUUGGUUUCUUCUCUGGAGAAAUCCAUUGUUUAA